UUGUGGAGCUGUGCGAGAUCACAGUCGGUCAUUUGGCUCCGAGUCGACCUCGGAGUUGGUGAUGUUUUUGACGGGAACCAGUCUUUGCUCGUACUAAGCGAGGAGGACCAUUGUCUCGGGCGGUUGUGCGUCCUGGCUCCUGGCUGCAGACAAAGCCCUCACUGACUGCGUCCUGUGGUAGAGGAUGAACUAAUGCUGAUGAAGGCAGGAGUUGUUCGUCGUGAUCAUUCUUCGGCAGCUGACAUGUAAACCUCCUGUCGCAUAGAACGCGGAGCAGCUGGCAGCGGAGCGCAGACGACGACGACGAUGAUGAUGAUGAUGAUGAUGCCGAGGCUGUGGAGAUGAGUGGUUCUGUGGAGGUUUCUCGCCGGAGUCCCGUGGCCUCCUGGCUCUGCGCCAUGCUCUACUGCUUUGGUAGUUACAUCCUGGCAGACGUCAUGCUCGGAGGCAGCCCCAUCGACUAUUUCCAAUACAACAGCCACAUCCUGCUGGCCUCAGCUGUCUGGUACCUCCUCUUCUACUGCCCAAUGAACCUCUUCUACAAAUGCGUGGCUUUCCUGCCCGUCAAGCUCGUGCUGGUCGCGCUGAAGGAAGUCGUCCGCACGCGCAAGAUCGCCGCCGGCGUUCACCACGCCCACCACGCCUACCACCACGGCUUCUUCAUCAUGGUCAUCGUGGGCUACGUCAAAGGGUCUGGAGUGGCUCUCAUUUCCAAUUUUGAGCAGCUGCUGCGCGGCGUGUGGAGGCCCGAGACCAACGAGAUCCUCAGCAUGUCAUUCCCGACCAAAGCCAGUCUGUACGGAGCGAUCCUCUUCACCCUGCAGGAGGCUCAAUGGCUGCCGGUGUCCAAGAGCACCCUCAUCCUCGCCUUCACCCUCUUCAUGGCCACAAGCAAGGUGGUGAUGACCGCCCGACACUCCCACGGCUCCCCCUUCGCCCUCAUUGAGUCCUGGGUGUGCCACCUGCUGUUCGGCUCCGCCCUGGGGGGCCCCGAGGAGGACCACCACCAUCCCCCCGCCCCUUCGUCUUCACCCCUCAAGACCAAGGAGGAGCUGGGCGAUGGCACCCGCAAGAGGAAGGCCAAGAAAGCCGAGUAGCACGUCGCACUACGCCGAUGAAGCUGCAUCUGACUCGCCCGGGUGGGCGCCACGUGAUGGGACUUCCCAUUCCUUUUCUAGGGAGAGGGGCGGUUUGACGUUUCACCAGAUGAGGCCCUUUCUGUUAGAGCAAAAAUGGUACUUUCAGCAUUUUAUGUGGCAUGAGGACUCUGUGAACACCACAGCAACUGUUUCACACUUCAACCCAACCUGGACAUUUUAAGGCUAUUUAUUCAUGUGUCUGUGAACAUCGGUGCCCAACACUGUGCGGUGAUCCAUGUGUGUAGGAGCCACAGGGUCAUUUUAGGAACGUCUUUUCUUUUUUUUCCACAUCAGUAGUUGUGUCGCCAGGUGUCAGUGGUUUCAGUUAAGUCCACCAAACCUUAUUUUAUUCAAAGAAUAGAAAUCUGCAAAUGAAUCGGACUCUGAAUCACAAAUGCAAAAUGCAAAUGAAGCAAUACGUGAAAGAACAUUGCUGCUUUUUACAUUGAGACAAAGACAAAUUCACGUCUUUGAAUAAAAUCAAGAGAAACAUUG